GUCAUAAUUCAUACACACUCUCUCUCUCUCCUAAAAAAAGUCCAAUUCCUUUUCCAACCAACAAACCACUUCUAAAAUUUCAACUCAAUUAAGCCCAAAUUCCAUCUUUUAUUCUUUUGUCACUCCAUUUUCAACGCCCAACAAAACUUUUUUCCACACACAUUCAUACACACAGAAAAACAGAGAGAGAAAAUGAAGGGAGGUAAAAGAAGCCCUGUACAAGCGGUAAAUCUAUGGGUGCGGCGACAACCACCGAAGAUGAAGGCGUUUCUUGCGGUUGUUGCAGCCAUGGCUGCACUUGUUUUCCUUCGUAUGGUGGUUCAUGAUCACGAUAAUCUCUUUGUUGCCGCUGAAGCUGUUCACGCCAUUGGUAUUGCUGUCCUCAUCUUCAAGCUCACCAAAGAGAAAACUUGCGCUGGACUUUCACUCAAAUCUCAAGAACUUACAGCUAUAUUUUUAGCUGUUAGACUGUACUGUAGUUUUGUGAUGGAAUAUGAUAUUCACACAUUACUAGAUACAGCAACAUUGGCGACAACCCUUUGGGUUAUUUAUAUGAUUCGUUUUAGACUGAAGUCCACUUAUAUGGAGGAGAAAGACAACUUUGCUAUUUACUUUGUGGUGGUACCUUGUGCUGUAUUGUCUCUACUUAUCCAUCCUUCCACUGUCCAUAACAUUGUCAAUAGGAUUAGCUGGGCAUUUUGUGUCUAUCUGGAGGCUGUUUCAGUGCUACCGCAGCUACGAGUCAUGCAAAACACAAAGAUUGUUGAACCAUUCACAGCUCAUUAUGUUUUUGCCCUGGGAGUGGCGAGAUUUUUUAGUUGCGCGCAUUGGGUUCUUCAGGUCCUAGAUACCCAUGGUCGUUUGCUCACAGCUUUAGGAUAUGGUUUGUGGCCUUCAAUGGUGCUGCUUUCUGAAGUUGUUCAAACUUUUAUCCUAGCAGAUUUCUGUUAUUACUACGUUAAAAGCCUUGUUGGUGGACAGCUUGUGCUGCGUCUUCCCUCAGGAGUGGUGUAAGUUAAAGGUUUAGUUAUGCAGGAUCAGAGUGAUACAUCCUUGUUUAACUUGAAAAAACACAGAGGCGUAAGUCAGGUGCUUUUUGUUAAAUUUUUAUUUUUGGCACUGAAUUUCCUGUACAAACAACUUGUCAGUUUCCGCUACUACUAGUGAUAUACCGAGGAGAUUCCAACCAGGGAUGUAUCUGUUCUUAAUAUACAUGUCAUAUUAACUGUUUCACUGUGAAUUAGAUGUUUAUCCUGUGUAACAUUAGUAUUAGUUAGAACUUUUUUCGUUAGCUUUCCUUCCCUCAAUUGUCUCAUCAACUAUUCAGCAGGUUCUCAAUCAUUCAGUUUUUGCAA